AUGUCGAAAUCCAGCCAGUCGACAAAAUUUAGGGGAGUAGAUGUAGAUGAGUUGGAUGAAAACACAUUUCAAGACGAUGGAGAUGAAGAUUCAGGUCAAAGCGGACCGGAUGAAGGGGAAGUCAAGAACUUGCUGAUGCAGUAUCCUUUCAUGGCACGGAAAACUCAAUUUUUAUUUCACAUUUUAGCAGUUAAUAGGAAAGAAAUUGGUCCCACUAAGGUUGUAUGAAUCUUAAAUAUUCCCCUCUCCUUUCCACUGCAAUUUAACCCAUAUUUUAAAGACUAACCGAGGUCAGCAGUGAACCAUGAUAGGAUAGUAUAUGCAGCAUCUCACGAAAGUUACAUUUAACACAACCUACGUUUUUUGAGUCCUUAACUUUAAUUUAGGCAGAAAAAUGCAGAAGCCCUUAAAGCUGCUUUGACGAAUGCUCCUAUUAUGUCGAAAAACCAGGCGACAAAGGUAGAGGACUACUAUCAUCUUUCAUGCUCUUCGCAGUUUUUGCAAACACAUUCUUGAUUAGUACAUUUUCGUAAUGGAUAAUGAGGAAAUUUGGAGGACUGAGACAGACUCAGUUGGACGACGCAAGAUCCUGACACCGAUUGAAAAUACUAUGAAAACAUUUGAACUAUUGUAAAUAUAAUAAGAAAGAUGAUAAUUUUUUUUUUGUAAGGCUGGCUUGACAUAUGUAAGUUUUUUUACUGCUAAGGAGAUGGUAGUUAGGUUAUGCAAUUGGGACUCCUUACAUGAUAUGAGACCAGAUUGCUACCAUCUUUUGGAUGCUAAGGGGACUUUAAAUACAAUAUUUGACCACUGAACCCAAUGUCUUUGAGAGGGUCCAACAUGGGUUUGGCGGGAUGUGGGAUGUAGCUCAAAAUUUAGGGGGAUGUAGGAUACAAGAAAUUAUAUAGGAAAAUAGGAUGGUGAGACCAGGAUGUGCUCCAGUUUGAAGGCAGGAUAGAAGAUAGGAUGGCUAUAGGUGAGAUCAUAAUUUAACUCAGGUUAUGAGUUACUCGAACAUAGAGACAUCAAAAAGUAUUCAUUUGCUUUGGAAUCGAACUUAAUUAAUGCUCCCGCGUAAAUUGGGGUUGACAUUCUGAAAUGACUCUGUACCAAGUCCUGUUUUCUCUGUGUUAGUUACAAAUGUUUGCACAUCUCCAUAGUAUCUCCAGUUUUCUUGCCUUCAUUAUAAUUUUUUUUUCCUCAUGAGUAUGUCUGAGUGAAGGCCCCUUUCCGUAUGAUACUAUUGGCAGUUCUUUGAAGGUUUCUCCUAGCAAUGGUUAUUGCUGUACUAAAUUUCAUGGGCUCAUAAGGAUUUCUUUAAGGUUUGCAACAGUUGGAUAGAAUUGUGUUAUUACAAAGGGUAAGAUUUGAUUGUUUGUUUUUCCUGUUAGAGGUGGGCCGGUUAAGGUCGUUCAAGUUCACUCCAAAGAGUGGGUUGUCAAAAAAGUUUUUCGUUUAGUCUCUCUCAGCCAAGUAUGUUUUGAACUGUCUAAUAGCCUCUUCAAACUUUCCCUUAGAAGAAUUAGUCCUGGGAAGUCUUAAUGCUUCACCUUUAAUGAAAUUGUGGAGAGUGUGUACCCAACUAUCUAUGUUGGUUUGAAGUAGGUUCUUAUGUUAAAACUGGCUCCCUGUUGAAUCUCUCUCCCUUACAGAUAGUGAUGUCUAAAAGUAGCUUCUGAAACAGAUAUUUCAGCUGUAAAUUUGAUCGUUGGCUGAUGAUUGUUUGCUUGUUCAAUGAACUGGUUGAUGACAUAUCAGUUGGUGUUCAAGAGAGAGAUUAUGUCAUUGAUGUGUUUCCAAAUGAACACCUUUAUCUAGGAUUUGCAUUGCAAUUUUAGCCAUGAAGAUGUUUGAAAAGGCUACCGACAUGUUGGUACCCAUGGCAGUUCCAUGCAUUUGCAAGUAAUUUUGUUCACUGAAUUGGGAUGAGUUUUCCAGCCAAGUUAGUUUAGGUGCUUUCUCUAGUAAGAACUUUGGAUGGGGGCGGGAAUGAGAGAGUAUAUUUUUGUAUAAGCUGAUAACAUCCAUUGAAAGGAGUAUCACUACUUUCUGAAGCUUUGUCUUUUCUAUGAAGUUGAUGGAGUCUGUUGUAUCUUGAGAUGUGACUUCUGUUGUUGUGUGAUCGACUGAAGAAUUUUAUUUUAUCUAUGUAACAGAAUAGUUUUUCUGGUGGUCCUUCUGCAGGUCUCACUUAUUAAGACUGUCUUUCUAGCUGGCUAAAUAUGCAUUAAUCAAUUCUUUUCCUUUCUCAAUAACAGGAGUACAUUGUCAAUAUUGUAAAGGCUCUUAUUUGUCCAUCAGUUGGUGGUGAACCAGAGCAACUUGGGUUUAACCUGGUGGGAUAAAAUGAGAAACAGUUGCAGGAUGUGGGAUUGGAAAAGUCUAUUUUGGACCCUCUUUCAAGAGCCCUUUGUCUAGAACACUUGAUGAGUAGCAAGUGAAAAUUUAAAACUCCUCUUAAUAUGCUUACUGUAAUGAAACUUGAGAGGAAAUCAUUUAUAGCUAGAGUUUAUAAGAGAUUUCUGCAAACUGUUUUGCAGGAUAAGGCAUUUGGGAUAGUAUUACGUGUACUUACUGCUGUGAAGGCACCUGAAGUGGACAAAUGUGUCAAAAUCUUGGACCAGAAUGAGCAGGAUGUGUUGAUGAAAUACAUUUACAGAGGUUUUGCUGAGCCCACUGAGGGAUCCAGUGCUACGUUACUUACAUGGCAUGAAAAGGUUAGUUAUUUCAUCCAGCAUGAGAUCACACAACAAGUAUAGUAGAAAUGUUUAGUUGGAAUUCUGGACGAGAUAGUUUUUCGGGAACACUUGUCAUUUUUCUAGUCAUUUAUUUACCUCCUCAACAAGGCCACUCUAAGUGUAGCUCUUUAUAUUUAAAACAGUUGAUAGAAUACUUUCUCAUGUAGUAAAAAGAUACUUGUAAUGUGGUGUUCCCAUUUAUGAGCAUGAGGCUGUAGGGUUAGAUUCUUAGUUUUGUAAAUUUUCUUAUGUUUCAGCUUUUGGCAGUGGCUGGACUUGGUUCCAUUGUCCGUGUUUUAAGUGACAGAAAAACUGUCUAGGCUGUCAAGGAUUUUUUAGGAAAAGAAAGUAUCAUGUAACAUACGAUGUAUUGAGAUUGUUUAGAUUUGAUUUAAAUUCAACCCAAUUUUGUGACUUAUAAGAGCUAACCAGUUAGUGGUUACCUUUUAUCUUUACCAAUCCUUUGAGUAUUUUCUCUAAUGCCACUUAAGGAGCAUUAUUAUCAACUUAUUAUUUCCAUCAUUAUUUCAAUCUCUUCAGUAAAGUUCUGAUUGAUCUUCAGAUGGAUUGUUUGCAACAAAGUUUGUUGUAGUAAAGCAUGAAAUGAUUUCUUUUUAUUGUUAGGUAUAAACCAAGCAAUAUUUCUUUGCUGUUAGCUACUUUAAUUGCCUGUUUUCAACUUGUUGGGUCUAUUUUUGUCAAAAAAUUGUGAAUGACUGCAUUUUUUACAAAC